ACUUCCUUUUCCUUAUUUCAGCAGCAAGAAUACGCAAGACUUCAAUCACUUUGUUGUUGAAACUGAGGUGAAGUCAGUUGGUGAUAAAGUUCGAGAGUUCCUGCUGUCGCUGCAGUACUUCCGUGUGUUCAUUGCCCUUUGGAACGUGUUCAUCAUUUUUCUUAUGUUUGUGUGA